AUGGCACUUUCUCGGAGCCUUCGAUCUCGGGCUGCCUCAAAAGCUGAAGGGGUCCGGGGGCGGAAGAAACGUAGGAAAUCAUCACAUGAGGGGAGAAAAACAGUUAGUUUCGAAGAGCCCGCAGAUAGAUGCUGUGUUUUGUCUGCGAAAGAACAAGCCGUGCAGUUAGCGCAGACCGCAUCGGAGCCCGAGAAUGCGGCCUUUACUCCAAGCCAGGAGGAAGCGCAGCAGCAAGAGCAGCACUGCACGUCCCCAGUAGCAGCGGAGGAGACAUUGUCAGGAGCAUCAGAAGCAGCAGACGUCACAUUCAGGUCUCUCGGCGUCUGUUCUUCACUCUGCUCAGUUUUACACCAUCUUUCCGUCUUGGAGCCAACGCCUGUUCAGCGUUGCUCGCUGCCUUUGGGCCUCUCCGGACGCGACUUCUGCGCCAUAGCACCCACAGGAACAGGGAAGACACUUUGUUAUCUGCUGCCUGUAUUACAGCGGAUACAACGCGGAAUGGGGCACACAUUUAUGUCGGUCGUCCUGUUACCGGCGCGUGAGCUAGUAUCUCAAGUAGGUGAGCAGUUUGGGAUUUACGGUCAGCAUCUUGGUCUGAGAUGGGUUGAAGUCACCGGGGGUAAAGACAUGAUAGUUGAGGCGGAAGCGCUUCAGCAACGGGCGCCGCAUGUUGUCCUUGCCACCCCAGGACGACUCGCGGAUUUGCUGCAGCGCGAAAGAGGUCUUGCAGCAGCCGAGGAGGCAACAGCAGGUGGAGCCUCUGAGGCUGACAGUGAUGAAGAGAGCAGCUUGCACAUUAUUAAUGCAACAAGCAUCAACAAAGAUAUGGGACCAGCAUUUCAUAUGUCUAACGGCCCAGUUCACGAGAGGUUGCAGGCCGUCGACUGUUUGGUACUUGACGAGGCAGACAGACUAUUAAGCGAGGAGUUCAGCCCCGAUUUGCGCCUCCUACUUUCAUCAUUACCCACCUCUUCGGCAGGAAGGCAGACACUUCUACUUUCUGCCAGCACCAAUGAUGCGCUGCUGCAGUUGCAGCAGGAAUUCGGCGAUUCCCGAAUGCCUCUGCUGCUGCCGGAAGCAGCAACCAAAAGCCCACCCUUGCUGCAGCACCGCUAUAUAUUUGUUCCUAGGGAUAUGCGUGGAGUGUAUGUUCUUCAUCUGCUACAACAGGAGCCGUUUGUAUCUCAGCGAGGCAUCAUAUUUAGUGGGUCAGUGAGGAGGACACAGCAGCUAGCUACUGCGUUGCAGCAACUUGAGGUGGACUGUAUUUGUAUUCACUCGCUGCUACAACAGAAGCAGCGUAAUGCUGCUCUCGCGGCCUUCCGCAGCCAGCACAAGCGAAUUCUGGUAGCCACAGAUGUGGCAGCUAGAGGGCUGGACCUCCCUAAUGUAGACUUCGUGGUCAACCUGCAGCCUCCGAAGGAACCUGAGGUGUAUGUACACCGCGUAGGCAGGACAGCCCGGGCGGGAAGGAAGGGAGUCGCCAUUACAUUUGUUGAUCCAGCCGAUGUUCCCGCGGUACAUCGUGUGGAGGCGUACAUUGGCCGUCGUCUUGAAGAGCAGCCGCUUCCCCCGAUGGGCCUCGCGCGUAAUGUGCGAGACGUGUUGAUUGCGGAGGCGCACGCGGCCGAAAAGCUUCGGACCAGUGGCUUCGACCAGAAGGCCCAAAUCUACGAAACUGCACAGAAAGAGUACAGAAGGCUCAGAAGAGAACAAAGAAAUAAGGCAUGA